UGUAAGCUGCCAGGAUCCAGUCCUGACAAUAGUACUCGGCUGUUGUGUGCGCAACAGCAAGGCAGAAGAAGGAAGAAUGUCUGCGUGCAGUAUAAGUGUUGUGGAAAAAUGAGUUUUGUUGUGGUAGAUUUGUUGUGCAUUUUCUCCUCUCUCCGAUGUGUUAUCUCACUCAUCUCCAGGUCCCUGCGGGAGCAGAACGAAGAGCUGCGUCACAGCCUGCUGCAGACGGUGGUGCGCAUGGAGUUCAUGGAGGCAGAACUGCAGAAGACCCAGGAGGAGCUGAACAGCGUCAAGGACAGUUUUAAUAGGCUCCAGGAAAGCGCUUCCAGCACUCAGCAAAGCAAUAAACUUUUAGAGCAGAAGCUUCAGACAACGGUUUUGAGCAUGGACGUGGAGCAGAAGUGCCUCACCCAGAGGAUCUCAGAGCUGUCCAAGGAGCUCGCUGCUGCUCAAGCCACCAUCCUCUCCCUGAAGACUGUUAAUAUCCCAUCCCUUCUGCAGGAACUCCUGGAUAAACAUUUCCAGACCAAAGAGGCUGUAACUGAAUCCCUGCUGCCUGCCAUAGUCUCCACCCAAUUCAGUGAUGUUGUCCUUGACCGAGCCUCGGCUCCUGGGGACGGCCAGUCACCUUCACUGGCGCAGGAAAGAGAGGAUUAUGGGAAGAACUGGCAGCAGGCGUCAGAGGGAAGCCAACGCAGGACUGCAACCCGUCAGCCUUGGAAACGGGAGCAAGGUCACCGAAUGAGGCCGGAGGGAGACCAGAAGGGAGGUGGGGAUGCAGUGAGCGAACUGGAGCGAGGAAAGGAGGCUAAAGAGUGUCUUCCCUCCUCCUUGCUGAUACCACACCUGCAGCUGACCCCGCAGCAAACCUCCCCCUCCGAAACGCUCCGUACCCCAGCAGGAGGGGGCCACGGGGUAAUCGCGCACCAGCUGGGCUCUCUAAUUGACGUCCUGUCAGUCAGCCAGGAAGAGGGCAUCCACAGUGGUAAACAGCAGCAGUGCCGUCAGAGCUUGAGCCCAGACACGCCCGGCCCAGCAGCCCUGAAGUCCACGGGUGGCCCGCAGAACUUCCCUUCUCCAGCAGGCGGCGAUCAAAGGGAUUCCGAAGAGGAUGAGAUCAUCUGCAAGUGGAGGCUGCAGAACAGCAAAGGGACGGUUGGCGUUGGCAGAAAUAGCUUGGAGAACGACGCCAGCGCGGUGACCUACCAGUCUGCUCAGAGGAUGCUGGACAACUUUAUGCGCCACCUGCAACCUCCAGAGGAGAGAGAGGGGAAGGGCAGUGGUAGAGGCUCGGCCAGUGGGUCAAAAGAAGAGUCCUUAAACGGGGAGAGAGGGCAGUUGUGAAGCGGGACGGUGUUCAGGGAGAGAGGAGCAGCCUCUAUUUCACAUCAGAUACUGUAGUGGCGCUCUUUUCCCCCCAAAUGUGGUAGAGGUGUGGGCCAAUGGUGUGCCCAAAUUUUCAAUCUCCAUAUUUUGUGUUCGUAUGGGUUUAUUGUUGAUGUACAUAUGGGUUCCAAUUAACAAAAGGGACCUCUGUGUGUGUGUGUGUGUGUGUGUGUGUGUACAUGUGUGUGUAGAUUACUUUUGUAUGCCCGGAGAUUACUUAACCAAACAUAGGUUGUUGAAUAUGAAUUUUUCCCCCACAUAUUUUGUAGCAUUAAAUAUGCCUCUUGAAGUAGUUUACCACCAUCUGUUGUUGUUGAAAUUGAUAAGUCAUCUUAUAAUUAGUGAAAGCUGGAUAAAGAUUUUGUCCCACACACUAAGAAAAAACUCUUGCGAGAUGCAAAUAAUAUUUUAUGUUCAGCAUCAGGAGAGAUGGCAGGUUAAUGCAGCAUGGGUAAAGGUAAUUGAAGCCUAAGAAACUACAGCUUCAGAAACUCCCAGAAUUCCCCUGUAACCUGUCCCCCAAACACCAUGUUCCUUCUAAAAACCUAAAUUCUCUGGGCCUGAUUUACCUGUUGGUUCUGUACAAAAUAAUCCUAUUUAAUCUUUUGGGGUUAAUAUGUGUUAAGUAGCCUUGUCUUACUCCAUUUAUCUUGACCCCCUGUUCCUGCAUUGCUGUGUAAUUUUUUGAUUGAUUACUGACUGUAGAGUUCCAGUUGAAUGCAUUAUUCAAAUAUUUAUUUUUAUGUCUUUGUUAUGUUUAACCUAUAAUUUCCCAAAUAUGAUUUAUUUUACUGACUAAUUGGUGGUGCUGUACAAUUCUUACUGUUCUUAGAAAAUUUAUGAGUGCAAUAGCCAGCAUUUCUGAGGUUAAAUGGUCAAAUGGGAUGAAAACCCCACAGCCUUCUGGAUAUCUCAGGGUAAGGGAUAGUUAACAAUAGUUGUAGUACAUGAGUAGAUAUACUCAUGUGAAGAGGGCUGCAUAGAUGGGGAGGUGUGCUGCCAGGAAAUAUAAGUACAGGUAAUGUUCCCAAGGUUAAAGUUAAGGUUUGGUUAACCAAACCUGUCUCAGACAGAUAUGCGGUGCACAAUUUCUGUGCUGCUUUUAUUACUUACACUUUCUGUAUACCAAUCAUCUAAUGGUUGCCUCAGUUUGACGGCUAAAAUCAUUUAAAAUGAAAAAUUAUUUUAAAUUAUGUGUCCAGAAUUGUAGAAAUCAUUUAGAUACUAAAUAUGCCACAUACUGUAUGUAUAUAGGUACUUAUACAUGGCACUGCUUACAGUCAGAUGAGUCAAGCUACCAAUUGUAAUAUGGUUUGGAGCGCUACUACCUUUGAUGCCAAUGUACCAAAGCAUUUGUACAGGAUAUAUAAAUAAUUUACAAAGUGUCAAGGCCUCGUUGUUUUCUUUUUUCCCCCAAGUGACAAUAUGCAAUGUUAAUGUUCCUCUCAAGGACUGUUGUUGUCUAGCCCUGGUCUUAGCACAUAUCUGGAUUAUACCGCUGUACCUGUAACACCGCAAAGCUUUCUAAAUCGAUUGAUAUAAUCUCUGCAGUUGGUGCUUCCUGUUCUCGUACGUGCUUUGGGAGAGUAGAUGAGACUGUGUAUGUGAAUAUGCCCUUUCUGGUCCCAGAUGUAUUGUGUUUCAAUAAAACAA